AUGCGCUCCCGCUUUCUGGCUGUCAUAUGGCUUUAUAUUAUUCCUACCAUUACGGCUUUCUAUCUGCCAGGCGCCGCUCCCCGCAACUAUGUCGAGGGUGAACAGGUCGACAUCUUUGUGAAUGCCCUCACACCCAUGCUUACUGGAAGCAAUGAUGCAAAAUUGAAAUAUGACUAUUAUCAUCCAAAUUUUCAUUUCUGUGAGCCUGAAGGAGGGCCAGUGAAGCAACCCGAGUCACUGGGGUCGAUUUUGUUUGGUGAUAGAAUUUUUAACUCCCCGUACAAGAUCAAAAUGCUGCAGAAAAAUGGCACCUGCGAGACACUCUGUGUAGUUCCCAAUGUAACAGGAGAGGAAGCAAAGUUCAUUAAUGACCGGAUCCGAGAAGACUAUGCUCUUAACUGGCUCGUCGACGGACUCCCGGCUGCCGAGAUGAAAAUUGACCUGCGGAAUAACGACUUAUUUUUUGACAUGGGGUUUAACCUCGGAGAUAAUGAAGGUCCACGCCAGAAUUUGCCGACGAUGAACAAUCACUACGAAAUUGUUCUGAGAUAUCACAAGCCUACUCCAGACACAUUCCGCAUCGUCGGAGUUCUCGUAUGGCCUGCGAGCAUAGGUGGUCCUCAAGACUCUGCCGCAAGCUGCGACCCGGCUGUUCCCCUAAUUUUGAGUGAGGACCAUAGCCAACCCAUUCGUUAUAGCUAUCGUGUUACCUGGAAUGAAUCUGAUACACCAUGGGCAGGUUCUACAUUGUCUUGCGAAAGUCUUUUCCCUGAACUCGCAACUCGAUGGGAUAACUAUCUUCACAUUUUUGAUCCCCGGAUUCACUGGUUCAGUCUCAUUAACUCGCUUGUCAUCGUCGUGUUUCUCUGCGUGAUGGUAUCGAUGAUUCUGAUCCGGAGUGUUACUCGUGAUAUAUCUCGGUACAACGCCAUCGAUCUCAGUGAGGAUGUUCAAGAAGAUUGGGGAUGGAAGUUGGUUCAUGGGGAAGUUUUCCGCACUCCUACAAAUCCCCUAAUCCUUUCUGUCAUGGUUGGGAAUGGUUCUCAGCUAUGCGCGAUGGUCGCGGUUACUCUAGUAUUCGCACUUUUGGGCUUCCUCUCGCCUUCCAAUCGAGGUUCGCUCGCAACUGUAAUGAUGGUGUGCUGGACUCUCUUCGGCGGGAUCGGAGGGUAUUUUUCUAGUCGUGUUUAUGCUUCUUUAGGUGGCACCGAUCGAAGAAAAACUGCUUUCUUGACUGCUACCAUCUUACCAGUCGUUAUAUUCAUCAUCGUCUUUCUUUUGAACCUUUUCCUACUCACUGCGGGCUCUUCGGGGGCUGUUCCAUUUGGUACCAUGGUGCUUAUUAUCCUGCUGUGGUUUGGCAUUUCUGCACCACUGUCUGCCAUUGGGUCAUAUUUUGGUUCAAAGCAUGGGGGUAUACGUCACCCCGUACGCGUUCACCAAAUCCCUCGCCAAAUUCCCCCUGGACCUAAAUACCUCAAACCAUGGAUCGCGGCUUUGCUAAGUGGUAUUCUCCCUUUCGGCGCUGCAUUCGUUGAGCUGUACUUCGUACUUUCGAGUCUCUUCGCCUCCCGCGCAUACUAUGCGUUUGGAUUCUUGGCGUUGACAGCAGCCGUUGUGUCCCUGACGACGGCCACGGUGACCAUCCUUUUCACCUAUUUCAUCCUUUGUGCCGAAGAGUACAGGUGGCAUUGGCGGUCGUUCCUUAUUGGUGGUGGAAGUGCAUUCUGGGUCAUGGCAUACGGGAUAUUCUAUUGGGCAUCUCGGCUUUCGCUCGACUCUCUAUCAAGCGUCGUCCUCUACCUUGGAUACCUGUUCCUUAUUGCUCUGCUCGACUUUUUGAUCACAGGUACCAUUGGAUUCUUGGCAUCAUAUUGGGCCGUUCGUAGACUCUACAGUGCCAUUCGCAUUGAUUAG